AAACUUUUGAGGCAGAGACGGUGCGUUUCGGCGUAAUAAAUGAUGAAACUUUGGAACCUUGGUACGUCUGUAUCUCGAAUCCUCUGCUCCUAAGCGUAAAAAAUGUCAUAUUAUUCUUUAUCUUCUGCUCGCAUUUUCACUUCCAAAUUCCCAAUCUCUUUCCACCCAACAAAGCCCUUCCUUUGCCCUUCAAAACCCUCCAAUUUUUCGUUCUUUUGCAACAGAUCCAUCUCUUUCCAAAAGAUCCCAACUAAAUCACCCCCUCCUCUCCAAUCAUCCGCAUCAAGCUCCACCCAACUCCAACCCAUGGAAGAACUCCCUCCUAAGCUCCAAGAAAUCAUCAAACUUUUCCAAUCUGUUGAAGAACCCAAGGCUAAGUACGAGCAGCUUAUGUUUUAUGGCAAAAAUUUGAAACCUCUCGAUACCCAAUUCAAAACUAAGGAGAACAAAGUUGAGGGUUGUGUUUCUCAGGUUUGGGUCAGGGCUUAUCUUGAUAAAGACAGGAAUGUUGUCUAUGAAGCUGAUUCUGAUUCUGUUCUAACCAAAGGACUUGCUGCUUUGCUUGUUAAUGGAUUAUCUGGAAGGCCUGUCCAGGAAGUCUUGAGGGUUUCUCCUGAUUUUGCGGUGCUUCUUGGGCUGCAACAGAGCUUGACACCUUCCAGGAAUAAUGGGUUUUUGAACAUGUUGAAGUUGAUGCAAAGGAAGGCACUUGAGUUGCUUAUUGAAGCCGAGAAGGGUAGUGGGUCUUCCGGUAAUGGUCAGGUUGUGGGUGAUGGAUUAAUUUCUCAAGUGGGUAGCAGUGAAAAACCUGUUGAGAACUCAAUUUUGGAUAUAAAAGUCGAUGAGAAUUCAGGUGGUGGAUCGAGUUCUCAAAAAGGUCGUGAGCAAAGUUCAAGUGGUUUGGGAAGUAGAGGAAUGAGGAUCAAGGAGAAGCUGGAGAGGGAGCUUAAUCCUGUUGCUUUAGAAGUGGAGGAUGUUUCUUAUCAGCAUGCUGGACAUGCUGGUGUGAGGGGAAGUGAUGGGGAAACACAUUUUAAUCUGAGAAUUGUUUCGAAGGAAUUUGAAGGGAAGAGUUUGGUUAAAAGGCAUAGGUUAAUUUAUGGUUUGUUGGAUGAGGAGUUGCAGAGUGGAUUGCACGCCUUGUCUAUCGUGGCAAAGACACCAGCUGAAGUUGAAGCAAAAUGAAGAGAUGUCAUGACUAGUGGAAAAUAGGUUCGUUCUUUUAAUAUAUUAUGUUUUGAUCAUUCGAUGCUUUAAAUUCGAUAUGGAGAGCUGUAUUUUGUAGGUUUUGAAAAGGUGUUUAAUUGAGAAAUGGGAAUCUUGUACGUUGGAUUUUUGGCAAUGCAUAAAUCAGUUACUUGUUAGUCAAAUUUUUAAAUAACUAACGGCCAAUGUGGCUGUUUUGUUUGGAUA